GUGAUGGACGAGGCGUAGCCAGGCGGGGAGGGCUAGACUUUGCAGCGCCCAGGAAGGAAAACCCUGGUCGGGAUGUAGAUGAUAAAGAAGGCGGGGAAAGCGCGGGGUUAUGCGCUGAUGAGGGUAAUGGAGGCGGGCCCGGCUCCUGCACAGCUCAUUGAAGAGGAUGGUCUGUGGGCGGAAUGGGGAGGGGGACUCGGCUGGUACAGGGCCCAGGGAGGCCGAGGUGCCGCAGGCCGGAGAUCUGUAGUUCUACACGGGGCUGCUGGUAGACAUUGGUGGUCCCUGUUGUCAUGGCUCUAAGGGAGCUGAAAGUCUGUCUGCUAGGGGAUACAGGUGUUGGAAAAUCCAGCAUUGUCUGGCGGUUUGUAGAAGACAGCUUUGAUCCCAAUAUCAAUCCAACUAUAGGGGCCUCCUUUAUGACCAAGACCGUACAAUACCAGAAUGAAUUACACAAGUUUCUUAUCUGGGACACUGCAGGUCAAGAGCGGUUCCGUGCCUUAGCCCCAAUGUAUUACAGAGGAUCUACCGCAGCUAUCAUAGUUUAUGACAUCACGAAAGAGGAUACCUUUUCAACGCUAAAAAACUGGGUGAAAGAGCUGAGUCAGCAUGGACCUCCCAACAUUGUGGUGGCUAUAGCCGGAAACAAAUGUGACCUAAAUGAUGUCAGAGAGGUGCUAGAAGCAGAUGCCAAGGACUAUGCUGACUCCAUCAAUGCUGUAUUUGUGGAGACCAGUGCCAAGAACGCCAUCAACAUUAAUGAGCUAUUCCUAGAAAUUAGUAGAAGAAUACCUUCAGCCAAUGCCAGCGCUACUUCUGGAAAGGGUUUCAAACUUCGAAGACAGUCCUCAGAGGCUGAGCACAGAUGCUGUUGACCACAUGGAUGUGAACUUUUAGGCAGAAAUAUAAUAUGAAUCUAGCCUCCAAUAGCCUUCUUCCGCUAUGCACACAGUGGGGCAGAUUCAGAGUUGGAAGUAAAAUGGGCGUACAUUGAAAAGAAACGUGAUUGGACAUACAGCGUAUUGUUGCCCACAUGCAAAGCUACAUUAUAAGCAUCUCUAGAUGCAAACGCA